AUGAGGAAAGAAGCUGAGAGCUCUGCCGUUGAUUCCAAAAGCAUUAGAGAUGCCAUCUGCAACGCUGGUGCUGGAGCCGCCGCUGGUGCAAUCGCUGCGACUUUUGUUUGCCCAUUGGAUGUAAUCAAGACAAGGUUACAGGUUCUUGGCCUUCCAGAAACUCAAAGAGGUAGUGUGAUCGUUACAAGCCUAGGGAAUAUACUAAAGAAAGAAGGUGUUAGGGGAAUGUUUAGAGGCCUUUCACCAACCAUCAUAGCUCUCCUUCCAAAUUGGGCUGUGUACUUCUCUGUUUAUGGAAAGUUAAAGGAUCUUCUCCAGUCAAAUGGUAUAUAUAUACUACUCAAUGCAUCACAAUUUUUUUUUCUUAGUUUUUUUUUAAUUUUCUUUAAUGUUGUUAAUAUUCUCGUGAUAGAUGGAAAUCUAAGUAUUGGGGCGAACAUGGUAGCUGCUGCUGGUGCUGGAGCUUCAACAUCUAUUGCAACUAACCCACUUUGGGUUGUCAAAACAAGAUUAAUGAUGCUCACUGUCCUAAUCAUAUCAUCCGAAGCAGAUCUCAUGUUUCGUCCCUUUCAACCAUUACCCUCGGGAUAA